GGAAACAGCAGCAGCGCUCGCGGCGCUCGCGUGGACCUACCAUCCUGCCUCGUACUUCGUCUCUUUCGGCUCGAUGAGAAUGUUCCAUUUCUGUUUUGGUUUGAGAUUUAUCGCCAAGCAGAAGAAAGGCUUACUUACAUUUCUAAUUCCGGCAAAUGAAUGUUUGUUCAGUGUCAUAAAAAUAAUUAUGGGAAAGGGGUUGGUGUAUCGAAAUCGUUCUAAUAAACUGACAUCGAUUCAGAAACUAUUAUUCUAGUUAUCCCAGAACAUUUGUCUGGCUGCCAAAAGUUUUGUAUACCAUACAGGUUAUGUUAUUAUUAUGGAGGGUUUUAAUGUAAUUGACUUACAGCCCACAUAGAGCAUAGGCAAGUGAAACUUCAGUAUUUAUCAACUUUCAUACUCUAAUAGUAUGGAGGGUGACCGGAAAUAUCGUCGCCUUGAUGAAUCAAAACAGCGGUCUAAUUCUCCAGAGUAUGGAUCGUCAUUUUCAAGAUACUCUGACAAUGACAGGAAAAGAAAAAAAUAUUACGAUGGUGGUUCAUCAUCAAGUUCUCACAAAACUAAAAGGGACAAAAUAUAUCCUAGUUAUGAGAGGUAUGGUUCAUCAUCAUCAGCGUGUAAGAAACAUGAAGAAAGGAGUCACUUUUACAACAGAGAUGAACGUCUCAAAAAGACUCAGAGGCAAAGUGUGCACGGUCCAGAUUAUUCCGACACAUCACCUGAUAAAAGAGAAAAACUUGACACCCCUGCAGAUUUUUCAUUCUGUGACUAUCGUCGAGAACUAAACAGAGUGUUUUUUUAUGAACCCUCUUUAGUUCAGGAUGUAGAAGACCUAUGGAAAUUUGUCAAAAAGUAUGAAGCUGUUCAGAAAAAGAAAUCUGAAUCAAAUCAGUCAUCAAAAGACAGAGGGACAGAUCAAUUGAAUGAACUUGGUUUACCAAUGGUCUUCAAUAAACAUGAUCUAGUUAAUAUUGAAUUAUCAAUUAAAAACCGGGAUUUGUGUGCUCGUUUGCCUCCUUAUGAUCCAGAUCUAGAUGACAACCAGCUUUCACCUACCCACAUUUCUGAAUUUAGAAAAAUUGUUCAAUUGUAUUUGGGAUUCAAACAGAAAGAAAACUUUCUGAAGCUCCAAAAGUUACGCGAGUCACAAGCCAAUUUACCUGUGGCUCAGCACAGAGAUGAAAUUAUUGAGGCUGUGAAAAAUGAAUCAGUUGUAAUCAUAGCAGGUGAUACAGGUUGUGGAAAGUCUACACAAGUUCCACAAUAUUUGUUAAAAGCUGGAUUCAAUAAAAUUGCAUGUACUCAGCCUCGUAGAAUUGCUUGUAUUGCUCUUUCUAAAAGAGUUGCAUAUGAAACUUUAAAUGAAUAUGGAUCAGAAGUGGGAUAUCAGAUUCGGUUUGAGCGUCGAAGAGACCAACACACCCGAAUUGUUUUUAUUACAGAAGGUUUACUUUUGAGACAGAUGUCUAGUGAUGAUUCAUUGUCUACUUAUGAUGUGUUAGUCCUUGAUGAAGUCCACGAAAGACAUCUACAUGGUGAUUUUCUUCUUGGUGUAUUGAAAUGUUUGCUUCAUCAGCGGAAAGAUCUAAAAUUGGUGUUAAUGUCUGCCACCAUUAAUAUUAAAUUGUUUAGCGACUAUUUUGGAGAUGUAGCUCGUGUCAUACAAGUCCCUGGCAGAUUGCAUCCCAUCAAACUUCAAUACUUCCCCUUAUCUGUUGAGGAUAGAGCAACCAAAUCUGAACGUUUCAAUGCUAUGCCAUAUUUGCGCAUCUUGCAGCUUAUAGACUCAAAGUACCCCAAUGAUGAAAGAGGAGAUCUUCUUGUCUUCUUAAGUGGAAUGUCAGAAAUACAGGCAGUUGUUGAUGCUGCUAAAGAGUACAACAUGAAGAAGAAGACAUGGAUCGUACUAGCCCUGCACAGUACAUUAUCGUUAGCAGAACAAGACAAGGUUUUUGACUAUGCCCCAGAGGGUACACGGAAAUGUGUGGUGUCAACAAACAUAGCUGAGACAUCCAUUACAAUAGACGGUAUACGCUUUGUAGUAGAUUCAGGAAAAGUCAAAGAAAUGAGCUAUGAUCCAGUGAACAAGAUGCAAAGGCUGAAAGAGUUCUGGAUCAGCAAGGCAAGUGCUGAGCAAAGAAAAGGUAGAGCUGGUCGCACUGGUCCUGGUGUGUGCUUUCGACUUUAUUCAGAGGAGGAAUACCAAGCACUUGAAAAGUACUCAACUCCAGAGCUACAAAGAGUUCCUCUUGAUUCUCUUUUACUACAAAUGGUUUCUAUGGGUCUCCCUGAUGCCCGUAAAUUUCCAUUCAUUGAACCUCCACCUAUGGAGCGCAUAGAAAAUGCAAUCUUGUCUUUAAAGCAACAGGGUGCCCUUACUUCAUGUGAAAAGUUGACAAGCAUGGGGAAAAUGCUGGCUCGUCUACCUGUUGACAUUCCCCUUGGCAAAAUGUUAAUCAUGGGGUCACUUUUCCAUCAGGCACAACCUGUGCUUUCUCUUGCUGCUGCCUUGUCUGUUCAAACUCCAUUCACCAACCGAGCAUUCCGUGAUCCUGAGUGUGAGAAUGCCAGAAAAUCUCUUGAAUCAGAUCAUGGAGAUCCUAUAACCCUCCUGAAUGCAUUAAGGGAAUGGUUAGAGGAAAAAAACCAUAGCAGAGGUAGUGAUAGGUCAGGAACUAGGAUUUGGUGUAAAAGACGUGGAUUAGAGGAGCAAAGAUUCUAUGAAAUGACAAAACUUCGCACUCAGUUCAAAGAUUUGCUUCAGGAUUGUGGGCUACUCAAGGACUUAGAACAACCUAAUGAAAAGAUGACUAGUAGUGAAAGAGCUAUGAGACAUGGUGAGCUCAAAUUAUUGCGCUCUAUGAAGAGAGAAUACCAAAAUGCAGCUCCACGUAAGCGGACUUUACUCAAAGUGGAUCCAUUUGAAGUGUGUGGAGAAGAUGAAGAAAAACAAGGGGUUGAUAUUAAGGAUGUAGAAUUCCGAAUGAGGAAUGAUUCUAACCAAGUACAAAGUCUUCUCACAGGAUCGUCAGCUUGUAGCUAUAAAGAUUUAAUGAUGUUGAAAGUGAUUCUUUGUAGUGGACUCUACCCUCAGCUUGCUAUUGCUGAUGAAUUUAACUACUGUAAGACAACUAGUGAACAACUUUUUCACACACAGAAGAAACCUUAUGUUGCACUUCAUCCCAUGAGUGUGUUUGGGAAUAAUCCAAAAACCUUGCAGUUAGAAGAUUCAGAAAUUGUAACAAUAGAGGGUAAAAGAAGCAAACAACCCUUCUCAGCAAAACACCAGUUAAUUUCUUACAUGACCCUUCUUGAAACAACCAAACCUUACCUAAUGAAUACAAUGCGUAUGCCUGCUGCACAAACACUUCUCUUAUUCUCCCAAGACAUACAUACAAAUUUUAAUCUCUCAAGGCUUGUCUGUGACUCAUGGCUUCAGCUUGAUUUUCCUCUUCCAUUGGCUGCAGAAACUUUACUUAUCAAAGUAGCCCAUAUUCAGUAUCUUUGGGAAAAGUUGUUGCAAAUGAGACUUGAAGAUAAAGAGACUUAUAUUUUGGAGAGGGAGUUAACUGAAGAGAUUAUUCUUUUCAUGCGCUCUGAGGUGGUUUAUUCAAUCAAGAGAUUACUGGCAGCAGAUUUGAAAGUAAUGUAUGUGGGCAUGGGUUACAAUGAAGAAACAAUCAAUCCUAAUCCUUUCCAAGAGGACUUUGAAGCACACCCAAAUGCAUCCAUAGGAGGAAUGCAAGUGACAGCUCGUAUCACAUACAAUUGCUUGUUGGAAACAUCUUUCGAUUCAAAAGCAUUAGAAGAUGAGUGCCCCUGGCGUUGUGACCAUUGCGAAGAGACCUUCAAUGUUUCACCAGUUCAAAGACUGCAGCAUCGACAAACUUGUAGAAAGACUGAUAUCAAAGGUGAUGAUGUUGUCUCCCAGGAACCAUUGACUCCCCGGAAGCCAAACUCAAAAGCUUUUGAAUGUUCUGAUUGUAAGCGUACUUAUUAUUUUACCCCUGUAGAGAUCUUAAAACAUAAGAAGCAACAUGCAGCAGGGCCAUCUUCAACUUAAUUUUUUGUAUCAGUUGGUGUGAAGUUGUAUAAGGGCAGGGCAAACAUCUCCAUUAAACACAGUUUUACAACAAA